CAAUGAGAAUUCUGGUAUCCAUUCUUCUAAUUUUCUGUGCUGAAUUAUGUUUGUCACAGCAUCCAAAAUUAAUUACACCGAUAGACGAAAAAUUUGUUUGUAUCGUUAAGAAGAAUUGUGAGCAUUGUCUUAGACUGCCGCUAUGUUCCUGGUGUCCAACAGAGAAUAAAUGCUUCUCACAGACAUUGGAUGCUGAUUUUUGUAAAGACAACAGUAUUGGCCACGAGGAUUUGGGCUUAAGUCUUGAAGAGAACGCGAGCUGCUUAUGUCGUGGUGACAAAUACGUAAAUACAACAACGUGCUUUCCUCCUAGAGAAGACGGUGACACGAUACCCUCGGAUGAGCCUGCAUGUUCAGACCGGGGAAAAUGCAUUUGUGGCCGAUGCUUCUGUGACCUUGUUGCGGACCCAGAACACCCUACAAAGUUGGUAAUGGGGGAUCACUGCGAGUUCGAUAACUUUUCAUGCCAAGAUGAAUGCAAUGAGGGGCCUUAUUUAAUAAAUCCGCAUGUUGCUAACACGGAAACAAAGACCCUGGUAGACGACAGCGACAAAAUUGAGGAAAUGUGAAAUAAGAUAUAAAAACUGCAAUAUGAAGCUUUAAACAGUGAAUUUUACGAAAUAAAUAUUGGGAA